AUAUUCAUGUAUAAAUGAAUAUCAUAUUUAGAUUUUGUCAUAGCACAGUUCAUUCAAUUAAAGAGAAACGGAAGAUGGCAUUGAAGGACACGUUUUACAUAUCACAUGGAUCGCCAUCACUGGCCAUUGAUGAUUCAAUUCCAGCAUGGAAGUUCUUGAAAUCGUGGAAGGAAGUGUUUCCCCAGAGACCCUCUUCCAUUCUUGUUAUUUCCGGUCACUGGGACACCUCUGUUCCCACCAUCAAUGUUGUUGAUCACAACGACACCAUAUACGACUUCUAUGGCUUCCCCAAGGUCAUGUACAAGCUGAAGUAUCCAGCACCGGGGGCUCCACACGUGGCAAAGAGGGUGAAGGAACUAGUCCAAGCAUCAGGGUUGAGCAGAGUAGAUGAAGAUAGAAAACGGGGGCUUGACCAUGGUGCUUGGGUGCCUCUGAUGUUGAUGUAUCCAGAGGCAGAUAUUCCAGUGUGUCAACUCUCAGUUUCAUCACACAGAGAUGGUACUUAUCACUAUAACUUGGGAAAGGCAUUGGCUCCUCUUAAGGAUGAGGGUGUUCUAAUAAUUGGCUCUGGAAGUGCCAUCCAUAACUUGAGAGCAAUUGGACCUCGCAAUAGCCCUGCUGCUCCCUGGGCUGUAGCCUUUGAUUCCUGGUUAAAAAACUCUCUCAUUCAAGGAAGAUAUGAGGAGGUAAAUCACUUCGAUGAGAAGGCCCCAUAUGCAAAACAGGCUCAUCCUUGGCCGGAUCACUUCUUUCCAUUGCAUGUGGCUAUGGGGGCUGCUGGUGAAAACUCGAAGGCCAAAGUUGUCCAUGAUAGUUGGGAUGGUGGUUCUAUGUCUUAUGCCUCUUUUGGUUUUACUGCAGCAACUAGCUGAUACAUCAUAUAGCUUCUCUGUUCUGCUGUUUUUCAUAUAUUCUAAUAAAAUUACAUUGAUGCUUGUAUAAUCUACAAGGAUAUGUACUGUGCCUGAGGUUUUAUUAACUCCUAUUUUCUUGUAAUUUUUCUCUUUUGUGAUUCAUAGUUGUUAACUUGCUUUCAGCUGUGAAUCCAAAUUGACACCAUUAGCCUACUAUUUAUGAAGUUUAGAUUAAUUGAGAAGGGGGAGGAAGAGGAACUAUCACAGAAUUUAAUUAUUUUUCAAUUCUUGACAUCUCAUAAUAUUAUCAUUUAAAGAGGGUCAAGACUUUCGUGAUUGUCUUUGAAAUUUUGUGGUAUACCUGUUAUAAAUAAUUUUUAUGGGUAGUCAAUAGCUUUAGAUCC